AUGCCGCAAACCCUCGCAUCCUCCAAUCAAGACCUGGGAAUUGCGCUCGAUGGGGGUCCUACAGCCUUUCGCCCCGGGGAUGUCGUGGUUGGGCGCGUGUAUCGAAGCACACCAAUUCUCAGCCCUGCCGCGACCCUUAACAUCUCGUUCCACGGCCGUGCAAAGGCCAAGGCCGUGGAGAAAGAAGGCAAAAGAAUUGAGUAUCGAUCUCGAGUAGACCUGAUCAGCAGUGAAAAGUCACUCCAAACCCUCUUCAGCGGCCCCCUCCACAUCGCUCUUGGCGAGGCUGGUGAUGCUAAACAAUGGAGCUUCGAAAUGAGGAUUCCAACGCAUGUCGAUCUUGAUGCCGUCAAGCCAGAGGCUCUGAAACAAGGAUUGUACUUGCCAACAGGAGACGAAUCCAGUUUCCAACAGACCUUGCCCGCAAGUUUCCAUGUCCAGUCGCUCAGAAAUGAGGCAUUUGUCGAGUACUACUUAGAGGGGAAUCUAGAGGCCCGGCGACGAGACUCUACUCUGAGCUGGACAGCGAGAUUACCUAUUAAGGUCCAUGAGUUUAGACCUGGUCCGCCCUUGAUGGAUAAUCAACUAACCGUCAAAGCGAUCCCGUUCUCAAUUCGGUCACAACGCCUUCUGCCCAACAUGGAAGAUUGCCAGCUUACUGCUUCGCAGAAAUUCAAGAAGCUGAUCAAUGCAUCAUCGAUCCCCGCGCUAUGCUUUGAAUUAGAAGUCACGCUUCCUACCAUCCUUCAAAUAGGGAAAAAGCCGAUUCCGUUCCAGUUGAGAGUGGUUCCAGACAUGGAAAAGUCGAGUGAAGUGCUUCGUGGCGUUCCACAGGCGAUUACCCUAGCGAGUAUGAAGGUAGAGCUGGAGAAUUUAUAUCAAGUUCAGUGUCGGGGGAUGUUCAAUAAUAUCGCAGCAGCCUGGACAACUGAAACUGAUCUGAUGAGUGGAAGAUAUCUGUUUCAUCGUUCUGAUACUUAUGAGAUCCCUUAUUCGGAAGAGCUGCCCAUCGAUCUAGGAGAGAAGAUCCGGCUUCGGGUCUUGAACGGGCGAGGGCCCAGCACGGAAGACAACUACAUCACGCCGGAUAUUGAGGCACCCAACAUGCGCCUGACGCACCGUUUGAAAUGGGAAAUCAGAUUCGAGAUAGCAAGGGAAACACUACGGGCGAGCGGUUCAAAGCUAGUCCGGCUGUUGCCACCGAUUGAGCAAGGCUGCGAGGAAUACGCCAUACCCCCGCCGGAAACUGAUCAAGACGAAUGGAUAAAACCUCCUCACGAAGCGGACCUGGAUGAUCACCCGCCACUCAUGUGA